GGUUUUCUUAACAGUUUCAAUGUUUUUUUCUUUUACCCCUCUCUUCUUACAGGCUGCUUUGCUCAUCUAUCAUUGAGUCUGAGUGUGGGCGUGGGGUUCCCUUCAUCAACUUUUAGGAGGUUUUGUGUCGGUGGUUUUCUGGGUUUUUUUAAUGGGUUUUUUGGUGUUUCACACAAGUCGGGGCUCUCUCCUUCUCUUUCUAUAGGAGGGACGUUCUCCGAGGGUGGUUUUAAGAACCGAGGAGGGAGCUGGAUCUGCUUGUUAGCUCUGGCUUUUAGCCUUUUCGAGCUCGGGAGCGAGUUGAGGUUUCUUAUGGUGGUUGCCUGUUGUCUAAGCUGAGGAUAAAUGGCUAAAGACUACGGGGGCGGCUCUCCAAAACCCCACCAUUUGGAAUCAAAGAGAAGGCGUCUUUCAUGGGUUCUAGGCGUUAGUGCUCUAUGUGUUAUCUUCUAUCUGCUUGGAGCAUGGCAGAACUCCUCCUCUGUUACUGUAGAUCGCAUGGGCAUAAGCCCGAAAGUGGAUUGUGACACUAAAUCUCAAUCUUAUGCCCGUCCUGUUGUCCAAUCUUCAAUAUCGACGCUGGAUUUUGAAGCACACCAUCAACUCGGAGCCAAUGAAUCUUUGCCUGUCGUCCGGAAGUUCCGUCCCUGCGAUAGCAAAUAUAGUGAGUACACCCCCUGUCAAGAUCCCAUCAGGGCGAGAAAAUUCGAGAAGAAGAUGUUGAUGUACCGGGAACGGCAUUGUCCUGCAAAGGAUGAGGUCCUGCAGUGUUUGAUCCCUGCUCCGGCUAACUAUAAGAACCCAUUCAGAUGGCCUCAGAGCAGGGACUAUGCUUGGUUUGACAAUGUCCCACACAAGGAGCUAACCAUUGAAAAAGCUGUUCAGAAUUGGAUUCAAGUUGAGGGAGAUAAAUUCAGAUUUCCGGGUGGAGGUACCAUGUUCACACGAGGUGCUAAUGCAUAUAUCGAUGACAUUGCCGAGCUUAUCCCACUUGCUUCGGGAUCGAUCAGAACUGCUCUUGAUACUGGAUGUGGGGUGGCCAGUUGGGGUGCUUAUCUGCUCAGCAGAAACGUUUUGACAAUGUCAUUUGCACCAAGGGAUACACAUGAAGCACAGGUUCAGUUUGCAUUAGAGAGAGGAGUUCCAGCAAUGAUCGGAGUGAUGGCAUCACAGCGGAUCCCUUAUCCUGCCCGAGCUUUUGACAUGGCACACUGUUCAAGGUGUUUGAUACCUUGGUAUGAUUUUGACGGUCUUUACUUGAUUGAAGUCGACCGAGUUCUAAGACCAGGCGGUUACUGGAUAUUAUCUGGCCCUCCCAUUAACUGGAAAAAGCACUAUAAAGGAUGGGAGAGAACUCAGGAAGAUUUGAAAAAAGAACAGGACACGAUUGAGGCUACAGCCAAGCGUCUCUGCUGGAAGAAGGUUGUGGAGAAGAAUGAUCUUGCUAUAUGGCAAAAGCCCAUUAACCACAUUGAAUGUGUGAAGAGUAGAAAGGUCUAUAAAGUUCCACAUAUUUGCAAGGAAGAUAAUCCAGAUAUUGCUUGGUACAAAAAGAUGGAAACAUGCAUAACCCCACUUCCUGAAGUACAAAGUGCAGAUGAAGUGGCUGGAGGAGCACUGGAGAAAUGGCCUAAGAGGGCAAUGGCUGUUCCACCGAGAAUUUCUAGUGGCUCUAUCCCUGAAAUCACUGUCAAUAAAUUCAAAGAAGAUAAUGCGCUGUGGAAACAACGUCUGACUUACUACAAGAAGAUUGUUCCAUCUCUUGCACAGGGGCGUUACAGAAACAUCAUGGACAUGAAUGCUCAUCUGGGAGGUUUUUCAGCUGCAUUGGCUGAUGCUCCUGUAUGGGUAAUGAAUGUUAUCCCUGCCAACUCCAAGCAUGAUACUCUUGGAGCAAUUUACGAACGAGGGUUCAUUGGCACAUACCAAGACUGGUGUGAGGCUUUCUCCACAUAUCCUAGAACUUAUGAUCUUAUCCAUGCCGGUGGCAUAUUUAGCAUCUAUCAGGACAGGUGUGACAUAACCAACAUUCUCUUGGAGAUGGAUAGGAUUUUGAGACCAGAAGGAACGGUAAUAUUCAGGGACACUGUUGAGGUUCUUGUCAAGAUUCAAGGCAUAAUAGAAGGAAUGAGAUGGAAAAGUGACAUUAAGGACCAUGAGACUGGGCCCUUUAAUCCUGAGAAGAUCCUUCUAGCUGUUAAAACUUACUGGACCACCUCAACAGCAGAAACCUAAGAGGAAGGUCUGGAAUUUUGUUGAGUUCGCUGUUUCCACAAAAGUUGCAGGAUUAACUAUUAAGGACCUCUCUGUUUUCUGUCCUAGAAAAAAGGCUCAUCUGUGCUUCCUUUCAUUUUUAAGUUGGCCCCUAUGUUUGAAUUAAUUAUUUGUUCCUUUGGAAGACAAGUGUAAAUAAACAGGUGGUUUUCACAUGUUUCUAGUUAAAUCUCAGGUAAGAGUACAUUUCUGUUC